UGACCAUGAACACUAUUGCAAUCCACUGCGUGAUUUAACAUUUCUUUUCUGAAUGUUUAUUUGCACCCCAUUUAAUAUUUAAUUAUCUCUUAGAUAAAAAUAUUUUCAAUUUUGUGGUAAAUUGUUUUUAUACAACAAAUCUGUGGUAGUUGUUUGUGGUUUAUUUGCUGCCAUAAGAUUUAGUGGAGUUUUUUUCUGAAGAAUGAAAUGUCACAUUUGUUAUUUUAGAUUCUAUAUGAAUUAUUAUUACAAUGCUUGAGAAGUGAAGAAGAGAUGUAAGUCUUUUUAUGUAGUGGAAUAGUCAUGUUAUGGAUAACAGCCGCUACCUUUCAAAUUCAGUAUUAGGUGGAGAUCAUUUUAAUACUUUUACUACCAAUCAAUUUCAAAACAUAAAUCAUCAGCCACAAGACAGAAAAAUUGGGUAUUUACCAAGAAUCGCAGAAGAAACAGUCACAAAUUAUUACAGACAACCAGUACUAAAUUACAGUAAAUUGCAGCAACAGCACCAUCAGCAAGGAAGGCAGCUGCAGCAACAUUACUUGCCAAGACAGCCGUAUCAGCUACAACAAAGUUUACCCCAAGUGUCAGAGCCUCGACAGCCGUAUCAGCAACAACAAAGUUCACCACAAGUGUUAGAGCCUCGUUUAAACUAUAACCAGUUGCAUACGAUUAACACGCCUAGGUACAGGGACAAUUAUAGUCAAUAUCAGUUGCAGAAUAACAACUAUCAGCAAACACAAUCACCAAGCCAAAUAAUCACAACACACUUGAAGCAACAACCACAGCAGCAAAAACAACAACAACAAAGAACUGCCUUCAUGACAGCUCCCAAUCAAAGCAACCCUUUACCCAUUCAAAACAUGAAUAACGUUGCAGUAUCAAAUUCAGCUGGGUAUAAUUCCCCGCAAAGCAACAUUCAAAUCUCGAACCAUCAACAAGCUUAUUUACCAGCAACCUAUUCACCCUCGUCGUAUUCGACUUCUCCAUAUUCCUCGUCACCUUAUGCAACAUCACAGUAUUCUCCCCAACAGAGAUUGUUGUCGACACCACCUGCGCAAAUCAAUCAAAACUAUCUUCCAAAAAGUAAUUCAGACCCUGGACUUAGUCAAACAUUAAACGCUCAAAAAAAUAUGUACCAGGGUAAUAACAUGCCUUACCAAACGCAGUAUGCUCCACCCCUGCCUGCUGACGGUUAUCGUGAUUUGUUAAAUUUAAAUCCAGGAGUUGAUUUAUCUGACUACACAGUAAAACUUGAUACAGGUGUUAUACACCAGUAUCCAAAUCCUGAUUACAUUACAAAUAAUUACAAUAAUCAGCAACAACAACAGAUGUAUUAUGCGAAAAGUCAGCCCAAUUCAUCUGCAUACCCACCAGACCUCACCAACACGUAUUAUCCUGGUGAAGGUAACCAAAAUCUCCAACAAGAUGUUCAAUCGCUUUCUCAGUAUGAACAGUACCAAUCCCAGCAACAGCCAUUGUAUCCACCUCAACAUAACAACUAUCCUUCAAAUCAAUAUAACCAAAUGAUGCCACAGCUUCCUAGUAAGCAAAACAUUAAUCCUUCCAAUGACUUACUACCUCCACAGAUGCAGAACCCAAAUCUGCAACAAGGAGAUACAUCUCCAUACGCUGGUUACAGAUCAACUAUUCUUGAUUCUCCUCAGGGUAGUCCAUUACCUGUCCAGUCAUCCCCAGUUAUGUUUAAAACCCCUCAAGCUACCCCGCCAUUGCAGAGGCGCCAAGCACCAGCUCGUCAAAUCUCAAAUGAAGUUUAUAAGCUUGAUUCUCCGUCAAACCAGCUGCAGAUACAUGAAAUGUCGUUAAACAGUCCACGACCACGUUCCGAAACUGUUGAAAUGGAACCACCACCAGUGCCACCUCGAAGCCCUGUAGCAAAAACCGAGAACAACAAUAAACAAGGCGCCAGUACUUACCCAACUCAAUCGCAACAAACUUCUAUGCCUCCUCCUUCUAUGCCACCACCUUCUAUGCCACCACCAUCCAUGACUUCAGCUCAAUACACACAAAAUGUACAUGGAUCCACUGUAAAUCAACUGCAACAACCACAGACUACCUACACAACCCAACGAAUACGUUCUGGUACAGUUGAAAUGGUUGAUUCGGUACUCCCUGCCACCAGAACUGAUAAUUCCUUUGCAAAGCCCAUGCCACCUCCUAAUACACCAAGGUACGCAUCUUCAGGACAACUUAGUGUUACUGGCCAACGAAGCCGUGCAGGUACAGUUGAAAUGUUGGAUAAUCAACAAUGUACAACAAAUGAUCAAAAUCAAUGUCCACCAGAAAGAAGAAUUCGUUCUGGUACAGUGGAGAUGUCUGAAGCAGGUCCUGCACAAGCAGCAUAUUACCAACAAGUGCCGCAAGUGCCCCAACCAGUACCAGAACAGUCUCAGCGGCAACAACCUCCAACGUCACAGACACAGCAGCAACAGCAGCAGCAACAGUCCUAUGACAACAAAGUUGCAUCGCCUAAUACAGCUGUAACAAGAAUUACAUAUGAUGACAAACACCCUACAUCUAAACAGCCCCCUCCUUAUCCAGCAGUAUCAACAAGUUCUAACAACUCAAGCCAAUCACAAGCACAAGAACAGUAUACCAAUCAAUUACCACCACCACAAUUAACCCAUAUGUACCCAAAUACUGUUUCUAAUGGAUCAGCCGCGCAAUACAGAAGCCCUCCUCAAGUAAUAGCAAAACAGCAAACAUCUCCGUUAGCACAUUAUUCACAACCACAACCUGUGGUGCAAAAUAAAAAUACAACAGUUGCGUCGCCAGCUCAACAAGUGUCAAAUCCAAAUGUGUCAUCCAGUUACAAUAUUCCUCCAUCUCCUCAAUCAAUGCCUAGGUCAUCUGGUGCACCUAACGCUGAGUUACUUCCGCAGCAAAAACCCAAUGUAUCACAACAAACUUCUUCAACACAGAUAGUCAACAAUGAUCCUGAAAAGAAUUAUCCAACAGCACAAUCUACGCCUCCAACCACCAACCCGCCGUUGCAGCAAUACGCACCAAGCAGUUCACGAAACUACCAACAAGUUCCGCCAGUUGAUAAUGUGGGUCAAUUAUCUGACCAGGAACUGGAACACCAGCAGAAGAUGAUGCAGCAACAAUACGUGCAAAGAGUUCGACAAGCGCAACUUCAGCAACAGCUUAGAGAGAUUCAAAGUGAAUAUGUGGCUAACCUGCGUUUGGAGCAAGACAUAGCACAAGAAUUCCUGCAGGAACAGAAAGAAAUAAAGGUCGAGCCUCAGGCGUAUCCAAAUCAUAGUUUGCAGAAUCAAAGACAGCAGCAACCUCCAAUGAUGCAGCAGUAUCAGUCUAAUUAUCCACCACCACGACAAUUAAACUAUGAUCCACAGCUUAAUCCUCAAUAUAUGUCGCAACCACAACAAGCACAACCACGCAUGCCUUAUAUGCCAAAGGAUGGUGCUGUGUUUCCCGUAACAGGACUCCCUAUUAAUCAGCCUGGUUACCAACCUCGAGUCAAUGGACAGCAACGGCACAUUCCAUCACAACCUAUAGUAAUUAUGCCGGGUGGUGGUUCGUUUCCUAACCCCGGUCAAUUCGCUCCUUCGUCUGCCGGACAACCACCAAGAAAAGACCAAAGACCUGCAGAUAAUCCUACACCGCGUACACAAGGGAAGCAACAAACGCCCUUUCAACGUUUGCGAAAGAUUGCAGAGGAUAUCUCGUCUUUCGUGGACGAUGUUGUUAAAUUUAAAGGGAAAAAAGGCGAUCAUGAAUACAAAUAUUUAGAAGAAAUGCUUACUCAGCAGUUACUUUUACUUGAUAAAGUACCAGCCAACAGCAAUGACGAGUUGCGAAAUGCCAGAAAGGCGCUUGUAAAAGAGGUGCAGGAACUAUUGGAGAUAUUAGACAGGAGGUCGACGCAAGCAGAGUAGCAGAAAUGUAAACGAGGUUGCGUUCUCGCUAUCUUGUUGUCUUUACCGAAACAGACCUUGUUGCGUCGCUAUAAGAGUGGUGUGAUUAUUUUUCAAGAAACAGGCUGUGUUAUAUUUCUUACAAAAAUAGAAAAAGGAGAUUUUAUUUUGCGCCAUGUUUGUGUUAAUUUUUUUAGUGUUCCAUAUUGCUAGUGUGUUCUUUGUUUGUUUGUUUGUUUGUUUGUUUUAAAUCACAUUCAAGUACUGUCAAGAUUUUUGUAUUUUUAUCCAAACUGCUUUACUUUACUUAAUCUGCCUUGCUCAGUCAGUCUUUUAUGAAAUAAUUUUUUUUUAAUUUUCUUUGAUUAAAUGAUGAGUAUUUUUUUUUCUUUUUCGUAUUAAAUGUUUUUUAUACGAUGUAAAUACAUGCGGGGUAUUAGUUCACCGAGUGGUAAUCGCUUGUUAGUUUCUACUUAUGCUAUAUUUAAGUCAAUAUACAAUUUUUCCAUUUCGUUUUUCUUAUACGUAAUUAUUUUAUAUUUUAUAUAUAUAUAUUUACCAUUUUUGUUCACCAAAGCUGAAGCUAACUUCUCAAAAGUUUUUUUUUCAUAACUUAUUUUACUAUGAAAGAACAUGGCACAUUCCCUGCUUUUUUACUGGUCUCUUUGUAAGCUCUAAUUCCCGUCAUUGUACACCAUUUUUAAUUUAUUCCACGCCAUUGUACACAAUUUUUUAAUUUCUUUCCCGCUAUUGUGCACCAUUUUUAAUUUAUUCCACGCCAUUGUACACAAUUUUUUAAUUUCUUUCCCGCUAUUGUGCACCAUUUUUAAUUUAUUCCACGCCAUUGUACACAAUUUUUUAAUUUCUUUCCCGCCAUUGUGCACCAUUUUUAAUUUAUUUCCCGAAGUUACUGCGUAAGCAGUUAUUUAUUUUACUAGAGAUAUUAAAUGGAAAAGUUUUUUAAAAAUGUUUUAACGAUUUUUUUUGUAGAAUAACAUUUAUUCUGAUUUUCAUAGUGAUGUGUACCUGAUUUAAUGAGAAAUUAUUGUUGUGGCUAUGUGUACACUAUGCCUUUUCUUUUUUUACGUUACUUCUUACCAAAGCUGCUAUGGUUUGCCUCUGUGUCAAAGAAUGUUUGUCGUAGUGUAUACUAGCCUGUCUAAGAAAUUUUUUGUGCAAUUAUUAUACGAUUAUUUAUUAUUCUUUUUUCGUGUGUUGUUAUUCAGCUGGAUGUUUUAACUCUUCAUGGCGGCUCGUAAUGGCAUUGGUUAUAUGCCGGCCCUAAAUGACGGUAGUUUUUCGCCGGCCCGAGGUGGCGGUAAUUUACCAACAUAACCUGGGAGUUCCGUUAAUAAAGGCGCCGUUAAUUUCGGGCCGUCGUGAAGGUAGUGGGAAUAUGUCUUUCGCUUGUUUCUUGCGCUAGUGUACGUUUACACCCAGCCAUUGUGAUGUAUGUGCUUGCUUUUAUAGAAAAGAAAUAUUUUAGGGUGAAAGAUUUUUUUUUGAUUGUGCUGUAAAUUUUAUUUUCUUAUAAUUUGUAGAUAUAUAUGAAUAUAAUGAAACAAAAUGCACACGCACGCGCAUCAUAAUCACAAUGACAACAAAAACAACUCUCCAUCGAGUUAAUUUUCUUAUUUUUUAAUCUUUUUUUUGUGGAAAUAAUUCACUGUUGUCAACACUUCACCCCACUUUCAAUUUUUCCUGACCUUAGUUUUCUCGAUCCUAAUUCUACACCUUGUGUGCUAAUGCUUAGGCCUGGGUUACAUUGGACUUUCUUUAACCGAAUUAUGGAAAUAACUUUGAAAAUAUUGUAAAUGAGCAAA